GGCAGCAUGGAGAGAACCCUUAUCUGUCUGAUGGUCAUAUUCCUGGGGACAGUGGCCCAUAAAUCAAGCACCCCAGGGUCAGAUCGCCUCAUGAUUAGAAUAAGUCACCUUAUAGACAAUGUGGAACAAUUGAAAAACUAUGUGAAUAUCUUGGAUCCUGAACUACUGCCAGCUCCACAAGAUGUAAAGGUACACUGUGAGCAUUCAGCUUUUUCCUGUUUUCAGAAGGCCAAUCUCACAUCAACAAAUACAGGACACAAUUAUACAAUAAUUAAUGGAUUAAUUAAACAGCUGAAGAGAAAGCUGCCUUCCUCAAAGGAAGGGAGAAGACAAAAGCACAAAAUUAUAUGUCCAUCAUGUGAUUCUUACGAGAAAACACCACCUAAAGAAUUCCUAGACAGACUUAAAUCACUUCUUCAAAAGAUGAUUCAUCAGCAUCUCUUGAGAACACACGGGUCUGAAGAUUCCCAAGGAACUAACUUGAAGCUGGACACUACGUGA